CUGCUCUUCAAACAGGAAGUUGUGUGCAUGUUUACGACGUUAUUUUCUUCUCAGCGACUUGCUUUUUUCAUCCCAAAAAGGCAUCUUUCCACCUUCAGUUUGCAAAAUGAAACAAAACUCAAAUGUUCCAGCUUUCCUCACCAAGCUUUGGACUCUUGUGGAGGAUUCUGAUACGAAUGAAUUUAUUUGUUGGAGUCAGGAGGGUAACAGUUUCCUCGUCAUGAACGAACAGCGAUUUGCCAAGGAGAUCCUUCCCAAGUUCUUCAAACACAACAACAUGGCCAGCUUUGUCAGACAGCUAAAUAUGUAUGGAUUUCGCAAAGUGAUGCACAUUGACACAGGCAUAGUGAAGCAAGAGCGUGAUGGACCAGUUGAAUUCCAGCAUCCUUACUUUAAACAUGGGCAGGAUGACUUGCUGGAAAACAUCAAAAGAAAGGUUUCUAAUGCAAGACCAGAGGAUACUAAGAUCAAACAGGAAGACCUGUCCAAUAUUUUGGCCAGUGUUCAGAAUGUUCAUGGAAAACAAGAAAGCAUUGAUUCCCGACUCAACACAUUGAAAAGAGAUAAUGAAGGUCUAUGGAGGGAAAUAUCAGACCUGAGACAGAAGCACUCCCAACAGCAGCAAAUCAUUAAGAAGUUGAUACAAUUCAUUGUCACAUUCGUACAGAAGAACCGGAUUAUGGGUUUAAAACGCAAACGACCUAUUCUACUGAACAACAAUGGAAAGAAGCCUAAAUACAUCCAUGAAAUCUACGAUGAACCUCCUCUGGAGCACAACAAACCCUCUGUCAGUGGUUUGAAGAACGCUGAUCUUACUGAUGAUGUUGUCAUCUGUGACAUAACUGACGACGAUACAGAGAUCACAGAGGGCCCCUCAAUAAUGGAUCAAUCGGGGGAUGUAGAAAUUGUUGAGAUCUUCGACAGCAAUACUGUGUCACAGACAGAUGGCGCUGACAAUCCAGGCCAGACCAACUCUUUGGUAUUCGAACCAGAAGAGACCACCAUAAGCACAUAUGAUAGCCUUCCAACCAGCAGCGUCUUGCAACUCAACAAACCAUCAGGCUUGAGCCUGGAGGAUCCCAUGAAGAUGAUGGACUCAAUCCUCAAUGAGAGUGGAGCUAUUUCUCAGAAUAUCAACCUCCUCGGAAAGGUUGAGCUAAUGGACUACUUGGACAGCAUUGACUGCAGUUUGGAAGACUUUCAGGCUAUGUUGUACGGGAAGCAGUUCAGCAUUGAUCCAGAUAUUUUAGAGGAGAGUGGUGGUUCCAAAGGAAAUGUAGGGCUGCUAUCCAAAGGAGGCAAGUCUGGUGUCUCUGCAGAAAAGCAGCUGGUCCAGUACACGUCCUGCCCUCUGCUGGCCUUCCUGGAUGGCUGCACCCCUUUGGCCCCAGAGCCAGACAGCAGCAUAGCCACAGAACUGGGAGACAGCCUGCUGCAGCCCAGCACUGAGGUACCCACAGACCUCCUGGAGCCAGAUGAGGAGCCUCCACGGAGCUCCCUGAUCCGCCUAGAGCCCCUGACUGAGGCAGAGGCCACGCUUUUCUACCUGUGUGAACUCAACCCAGAAGGGAGCGCCACUGACUCGACACAGCUGGAGAUUUAACCAAGGAACAGAAAAAACGCAAUGAUUUACUGUAUUUAUUUCCUUGUAUCUUUUGGUACAUUUAGGUCAAAAGUAAGACAUUCCAUAAUGUAGCUGUUGAUAUGGUUUCUCCACUAUUUCCACUAGCAGUUGAAGGUAAACCCUGAUUAAAAAAAAGGCUGCAAUUUUGUUUCACUGUAUUAUUGAUAGGUUAAUGAUCACAUCAAUCUUUAAAUGAAAAAAACAAGUGCCUGCAUAUUUCCUUGUCCUAGAACUACAGUGCUCAGCAUUUCAAAUACUGCAGUCUGGUGUGUAUUAUAAGGUGUCUGUGAUUUUGCCUAUCCUGUGAGAUUCACUGUUAAGCUUCACAAUGACAUUCAAAUAAAGUGUAUUUUCAUUCUGAA